AUGGAAGUCGUUUCCGAGGCGUCGCCAGACACUGAAGAUAUCUUCACGGUCACUGAACCAGCCAGUCGCAUCGGACCAAACUCCACUGAACAUGCUGAGCAGCGAGAUGUGAACGUCGAGGAAGAUGUUUCUGUCCUACCCAAGGCCUCACACACUGAUUCUGUCGAUAUGUCGAUGCAAGACUCUACUACACAGGACGCCUUGCUCGAGAGCAACGAUGACAAACAGCUUUCGGUUCAGGCUCAGCCUUCAGACGACGAUCAGCGUUCCAGUGAAGAGCAGCACUCGAUUCCUGAGCAGCAUUUAUCCGAGGACCAGCAUUUAGUCGACGAAAACCAUCCUAUCGAAGACAUCCAACUUGCAAAGGUGAAACAAGCAGUUACUCCUGAGCUACGUGUUGAAGUUGCUCAGGAUACGCUAUCAUCCAACGCACAUCGCAGUGGGCAGCACCCUCCAAAUUUGGAAGGCACUAUGCUAUCUUCCCUUGUGGAUGUACACCAAUCUACUCGUGAGGUUUCCAAUCGUCCCUGUCUGCCGAGAGUCACCAAGAACAGGAGAAAGCCGUCACAAACUGGCCUCACGGAACGGACCACAAUGGUCAAUCCCAAGUCCAGUUUCUCAUCAUACACGGCUGCACAGCUGUACCAGCUUGCCGAUCACUUGAAAGAUCAAGAGCGGUUGCAGGAGAAGCAGGAUUGGGUGAAAAGUCUUGCAGCCAAGCAGGCCGAGCUGGAGAAAUCCGACCGGCACAGAGCGAGCCUCCAAACUGAAUGCUCGAAGCUCAAAGCCCGUCUUCAAAAGUACUCCAAGGUCUCUGAGCAUCUAGUGACCAUGGUAAAAGCUUACAAUGGCAUCGGUCAUGAUAUCAGGAGUCUCCAAAAGAGCAAGGCCAAGUACGACAGCGAUCUCAGAGAGCUCAAAUCUCAAAUUCACACCAAUCUGAAUACAGCCACUAACGCUCAAGAACAUAUCACAAAGCUUGAGGAAUGGAAGGCCAACAGUUUGAGCCUCAUCAGGGAGUGCAAGUCAUCUAUUGCGGCCCAGACAAUGGAGAAGUCUGAUCUUGAAAGACGCCUUCGGGAAACCUCCGAGUCACUCGUUCGGGAGAAGCAGCGCCACGACGCUUUUGACAAACAUCUUCAGGCCUGCCACGCCGAGAGAAAUUCCACUGAGAAGAUGCUCAAUGAAUGCGUCAGCAAGAUCAGCGAGCACUUGGGCGAAUUCAGAACUUACAUCGAGCAAGGCACUUCUUCCAGUGAAACGUCUGGCGAGCUUCUCGAACUGCUGAAGAAAGGGAGCGCAAGUAUAUCUGAACAACUUCGUUCUGCUGGAACGAACAUGAAUGCGUUGAAGACAUCGGUGAUACAGCUGUCCUCUGGGUAA